AGCCACACACCGGCAUGUGAAUGGCGGCCGAAAGGGGCCGAGUUGUCACGGAGGAGGAGCGCGAGGAGCCCGCGGCCUCCGGAGCCGCGGCUCGCGCGCACCGCGCGCACACCCGCAGCCAGAGCCACAUCCAGUUCCAGCCCCAGACGCCCGGCGCCCAGUGGCAGGCUCCGCGCGCUCUCGCUCACACCAGGAGUCACAGCCACGCGCACUUCACGACUCCCUCGCGCACACCGGCGCAGAAGUACGGCUGCCGCCUGACGCACAGCCUCUCAGCCAUGGCCGGAGCGCAGGGCUCCUCCGCGGGGCAGCUCAUCAAGCCCACCGACCCGCUGUUCCCCAAGACCCCUCAGCAGACCGAGCUGGGCCAGAAGUUGACGCUAUGCAGCAAGCUGUGUUUCGCCAUCGGCGGCGCCCCCAAGGAGGUGGCCGGCAGCGCCACGGCCUUCUUCUUCCAGAUCUACCUGCUGGACGUGGCUCAGAUCAACGCCUUCCAGGCCUCCAUGGUGCUGUUCAUCGGUAAAGCCUGGGGGGCCGUGACCGACCCCGUGGUCGGGUUCUUCAUCACAAAGAGCAGGUGGACCAAGAUCGGUCGACUCAUGCCCUGGAUGGUGGGUUGCUCUCCGUUCCUGGUGGUCUCCUACUUCUACCUCUGGUUCGUUCCCCCCUUCAUCAGCGGCAGGUUCCUCUGGUACCUCGGCUUCUACUGCCUCUACCAAACCCUCAUCACCUGCUUCCACGUGCCUUACUCUGCUCUCACCAUGUUCCUGAGCACGGACCAGAAGGAGCGAGACUCGGCCACCGCUUACCGGAUGACCAUGGAGGUGCUGGGGACGCUCGUGGGCGCCGCCAUCCAGGGCCAGAUCGUGGCCAGCGCUCACACUCUGAAGCACUGCCCGCCUCACAACGCGUCCGCCGGUUACCUCGGCAACAACGGCAGCGGGGCGGAGAUCGUCAGGAGGCUGGUGCGCUCCCAGGACUACCUGUCGCACUCGAAGGAGGUGUACAUGAUCGCUGCCGGUGUGAUCGGAGGCGUGUUCCUCGUCUGCACCGUGGUGAUGUUCCUGGGGGUCAAAGAGAGGGACGAUCCCUACGCCCCGAGGACCGAGAAGCAGAUCCCGUUCCACCAGGGCUUCAUCCUGGUGAUGAGGCACGGGCCGUACCUCACUCUGACCGCCGCGUUCCUCUUCAUCACCGUCGCCAUUCAGCUGGUCCAGAGCAACUUCGUCCUCUUCUGCACGUACGCCGCCGACCUGAGGGACCACUUCCAGAACAUCGUGCUGACCAUCCUGGUUUCUGCCGUGAUAAGCAUCCCGGUGUGGCAGUGGUUCCUGCAGCGCUUCGGGAAGAAGACGGCGGCUUUUUGCGGCAUCACAUGGAUCAUGCCCUUCACCUUGAUGCUGGUCUUCAUCCCCAACGUGGUGGUGGCCUACGUCGUGGCCGUCUCCUCGGGGCUCAGCGUGGCCGCCUCGCUCCUGUUGCCGUGGUCGAUGCUGCCGGACGUGGUGGACGACUUCCGGCUGGCCAACCCCUACUGCAAAGGCCACGAGGCCAUCUUCUACUCCUUCUACGUGUUCUUCACCAAGUUCGCUUCGGGCAUCUCCCUGGGAGUGUCCACCCUGUGCCUGGAAUUUGCAGGGUAUGACACCGGCGCCUGCAAGCAGCCGGCUCCCGUAGUGUACACCCUGAAGCUGCUGAUCGGCGCUGCCCCCGUGGCCUUCAUCGUGACGGGGUUGAUGAUCCUGCUGCUCUAUCCCAUCAGCGAAGACGUGCGGCUCAGGAACCGACUCUGCCUGGACGAGCUGCGGAAGCAAAGCAUCAGCUCCAGAACAAUGGAGGACCUGAACAAUGCGUGACCUUUGACCUUGAAGGAAGUGCCCCCCCCCCCCCCCCCGUGCGCGUUCCAGUCGACUCCGCUGGAAAAACUCGACCAUUAGUGUAUAUUACACUGAUAAAUAGUUCAAACUGUUUUAACGUAAACUUUUACGUUUUCAUUUUCACAUGUAACCUGUACAGUCAUCUCGGAUAUAUAAAUAUACAAUAAGAUUACCUAAUUUAUAUAAAUGAAUGUAUACCAUAUAUUUGCCGUGUUCAGCUCUACGACACUUCCGUUAUUUAUUUAUGAUUUCUUUUUUUUGGAAUAUUGAGGGCUGAUGAUAUGAAAUUAAUAAAUGUUGUAGAGGUUGGUCGAUAGACCG